AUGGAACCCAAACAGGGUAAACCAGGAGAGCUGAGGCCAUACAAAUGUUCAGAGUGCGAUAAAAGCUUUACUGUCAAGUCUAACCUGAUUAAACAUCACCGUAUUCACACAGGAGAACGUCCAUACAAGUGCACACUCUGUUCCAAAAGCUUCAGCCGAAACUCGCACCUGAUCACCCACCAGCGCACUCACACAGGAGAGCGACCUUACAAGUGCAAUGAGUGCGACAAGAGCUUUAUCCAGAACUCUGUGCUAAUCCAACACCAAAGGAUCCAUACUGGGGAGCGGCCCUUUAAAUGUGAGCAAUGCAAUAAGCGCUUCAGUCAGAAAUCCUGCCUCAUCCGUCACCAAAGAACUCACAAGAGAUAA